AUGAGUGGAACUUAUGCUAUCGAAACUUCCAGUAGCAUGGAUACAUAUGGUUAUUUAUACAAUAAUACGUUUGAUCCUGCUUCUAUAAGUACGAAUCUCUUGGCAGAGAAUGAUGAUGGUCCCAGCAGUACCAAUUUCCAGAUCUCGAUAUAUCUUCAAGCUCUGACACGAUACAUUGUGGUUGUAACAACAUAUGAUCCAAGUACAACAGGAACAUUUUCAAUUGUUGCAAGUGGUAUAGCAUCGGUUAUAUUUUCUCCAAUAAAUUCAUCAAGUAAGAACUCAAUUUAUUUCAGAGAACUUCCUUAA